AGAUUUUUUUUGCUCCGUCUCGGAGGAUGUCAGGUGAGCGGCCCGCGGUGGCACGGAUGUGCUGAUUACUGCUCCCGUCACAUCGGCCAGACCCCAGCACUUUGGCUUGGCAUGCGCAGACCGAGGACAACGGCACUGACAGGAAAUUGAAGGGAAUGGAGAUGGAUGUCUAAAAUCAACGUUAUUGUUUUUUUUUCUUGUUACAUGGAUUGUGUGGAGAUAAAUUGUAUACCGGAGGAACUUCACUCAAUUUAAUUUGCUUCAGGAUUGCAGAACCGGGGCAACAGGCUAUGUAGCGAUGCUGUUUUCCCCUGGACAUUAGCAAAGGCCUAGUGUGCCGUUAUGCAAACUUGUUAAGAAGCCCGAAACCCAGGCCUACUAUGAGCCAGCUCUCUCCUUCCUACCUCGACGGGCAGUCAGUUUACCACAGCGCGGCCCCUCGCGUCCUCCUGCAGUGAAGCGUCUGGCUCGAGACAGUUUCAACGGUAUUUUUCUUGAUAGAACUCGUUCACAUCAUGGUUUUGGCAAUGAGGUACGGAGCCCAUCUACUAUGGGUAGGCCUGCUUGUGUUGUGCACGGUGGAUUUGAGCACCAGCCUGGAGUUCACCGGGGCCGAGGGCCAGUGGGCCCGGUUCCCGAUGUGGAACGCAUGCUGCGAGAGCGAAAUGAGUUUCAACAUGAAAACCAAGAGGUCUAACGGGCUGUUAGUUUACUUCGAUGACGAGGGAUUCUGUGACUUUUUAGAACUUCUAAUACACAACGGUAAACUCAGUCUCAGGUUUUCUAUAUUUUGCGCCGAACCGGCCACCGUCAUCACGGACACCGCAAUUAACGACAGCCAGUGGCAUGCGGUAACAAUCAAGAGACAUUUUAAGAACACGACUCUCAUAGUGGACAAGGAGGUCAAAUGGGUGGAAGUGAAGUCGAAAAGAAGGGAUAUGGUCGUCUUCAGCCAUUUGUUUCUAGGGGGAAUACCGCCGGAAUUACGCUCUGUGGCUUUACGCCUAACUUCGGCCUCUGUGAAGGACCAGGUGCCUUUUACCGGGUGGAUAACGGACAUCAAAGUGAACAACACGGAGGCCUUGAUGUUAAACAGUGCGGGAAUUCUUAAUGAGCUUUGCGGAGAAGCCACUGCAUGUUUAAACGGAGGGGUCUGCAGUGUGGUCAACGACGAACUGACCUGCGACUGCACACACACCGGGUUCCAAGGCAAGGACUGCAGCGAAGGUCUGGCGCACCUGAUGAUGGGCGACCAAGGCUCUGGGCCGGGUCCUGGAGGAGGCGGCUGGCGACUCAGAUCUCUGCUGAGCAUUUCAGGGAAGGAGGAGUAUGUGGUGACCUUCAAGGGUUCGGAGUUCUUCUGCUACGACCUGUCCCUGCAGCCCAUCCAGAGCAGCAGCGACGAGAUCACGCUCUCCUUCAAGACGCUGCAGAGGAACGGCCUGAUGCUGCACACGGGCAAGUCGGCCGACUACGUCAACCUGGCGCUGAAGAACGGUGCCGUGUCGCUGGUCAUCAACCUGGGCUCCGGGGCCUUCGAGGCACUGGUGGAGCCCGUUAACGGGAAGUUCAACGACAAUGACUGGCAUGACGUCAAGGUUACCAGGAACCUGCGGCAGCACUCAGGCAUUGGACACGCUAUGGUGACCAUCUCAGUGGACGGCAUCCUGACCACCACGGGCUACACCCAGGAGGACUACACCAUGCUGGGCUCAGAUGACUUCUUCUACGUGGGGGGCAGCCCCAGCACGGCCGACCUGCCUGGAUCCCCCGUCAGCAACAACUUUAUGGGCUGUCUGAAGGAGGUGGUGUAUAAGAACAACGAUGUACGUCUCGAGCUGUCUCGCCUGGCCAAGCAGGGCGACCCCAACAUGAAGGUCCAUGGGCUGGUGGCCUUCAAGUGUGAGAACGUAGCCACCCUCGACCCCAUCACCUUCGAGACCCCGGACUCCUUCAUCACACUGGACAAGUGGAACGCCAAGAAGACCGGUUCCAUCUCCUUCGAUUUCCGCACCACGGAGCCCAACGGCCUGCUCCUUUUCAGCCACGGCAAGCCCCGGCAGCCCCCCAAGGAGGGGGCAAGCCCCCAGGCCCUCAAGGUGGACUUCUUCGCCAUUGAGAUGCUGGACGGCCACCUGUACCUGCUGCUGGACAUGGGCUCAGGCACCACCAAGACCAGGGCGGUCAACAAGAAGGUCAAUGAUGGAGAGUGGUACCAUGUGGACUUCCAGAGAGACGGACGAUCAGGAACCAUCUCCAUCAACACCCUCCGCACGGCCUACACAGCUCCAGGGGAAAGUGAGAUCCUGGACCUGGAUGACCAGCUGUACCUGGGCGGUCUCCCAGAGAACAAGCUGGGCCUGGUCUUCCCCACCGAGGUGUGGACCGCCAUGCUGAACUACGGCUACGUGGGCUGCGUGCGCGACCUGUUUGUGGACGGGCAGAGCAAGGACGUGAGGCGGCUGGCGGAGGUCCAGCGCGCGGCCGGGGUCAAGCCCUCCUGCUCCAAGGAGCCGCCCAAGCAGUGCCUGUCCAACCCCUGCCAGAACAGCGGGCUGUGCCGGGAGGGCUGGAACCGCUACGUGUGUGACUGCUCUGGGACGGGCUACCUGGGGCGCUCCUGCGAGAGAGAUGCUACCAUACUCAGCUAUGAUGGCAGUAAGUUUAUGAAGAUCCAGUUGCCGUUGGUGAUGCAUACAGAAGCUGAGGAUGUAUCGCUACGCUUUCGCUCCCAGCGGGCCUACGGCAUUCUCAUGGCAACCACGUCACGUGACUCGGCCGACACCCUACGUCUGGAGCUGGAGGCGGGGCGCGUGAGACUCACCGUCAACCUAGACUGUAUCAGGAUUAACUGCUCCUCCAGUAAGGGUCCAGAGACUUUAUUUGCGGGUCAGAACCUGAAUGAUAACGAGUGGCACACUGUCAGGGUGUUCAGGAGAGGCAAGAACCUGAAGCUUACCGUGGAUGACCUGCCUGCUGUGGAAGGUCAGAUGGCAGGUGACCACACUCAGCUGGAGUUCCACAACCUGGAGACAGGCAUCGUGACGGAGAAGCGCUUCCUGUCCCUCGUACCCUCCAACUUCAUCGGCCACCUCCAGAGCUUCUCCUUCAACGGCCUGGCCUACAUCGACCUCUGCAAGAACGGAGACAUUGAGUACUGCGAGCUCAACGCAGUGAUCGGCUUCAAGAGCAUCGUGGCCGACCCGGUGACCUUCAAGUCGCGCUCCAGCUACGUGUCGUUGACCACCCUGCAGGCCUACUACUCCAUGCACCUGUUCUUCCAGUUCAAGACCACCUCCUCUGACGGACUCAUCCUCUUCAACAGCGGCGACGGCAAUGACUUCAUCGUGGUGGAGCUGGUCAAGGGGUACCUCCACUACGUGUCGGAUCUGGGAAACGGAGCCCAUCUCAUCAAGGGAAACUCCAACAAGCCUCUGAACGACAACCACUGGCACAACGUCCUCGUCUCCAGAGACACCAACAACCUGCACACCGUCAAGAUCGACACCAAGGUCACCACCCAGACCACCAUGGGGGCCAAGAACCUGGACCUGAAGGGUGACCUCUAUAUUGGCGGUGUUGCCAAGGAGAUGUAUAAGGACCUGCCUAAGCUGGUGCAUGCCAGGGAGGGCUUCCAGGGCUGUCUGGCGUCUGUGGAUCUGAACGGCCGGCUGCCUGAUCUGCUGUCUGACGCGCUGGCCUGCGUGGGCCAGAUAGACCGCGGCUGCGAAGCAGACCUGUGUAGCUCCAUUCAUCCCCAGCAGUAUGACCACGUCUCCCACUGUGCAGAGCCAUACCAGCGUGUGCUAGCGUGGAUGACCACCUCUCCCAUGUGA